AUGUACAACGACAGCAACGCCCCGCAGUCCAUUUCAGCUCUGAUGAUGUCCUGGGACUGGCCAGACGCCAACGACAGGACAUUGCUCAGAGCCGUCGACACGCUGCCAUUUGUACUAAUGCUCUAUACUCAGGCAGUAUUGGUGGUCCUACCGGCCCCUCGCCUCGUGCGAGCUGCUUUACUUCCGUUGACACUCUACUACGCAUGGAAUCUCGGGUCUCGCUACAACUUCGUGCGCACGAUUGCGUCGCCACUUGUCAAAGUGGGCUACAAUCCCGAGCGCGUGGGGUAUCUACAUUUCUUAUUCACCGUCACUUGUGUCAUCCUGGCCUGCAGAGCGAUAGAAUUCACCUUGGUCCCCGGGUACCGCCGAUAUGACCCUCCGAUUGGCGAUGCGCCGCCCCUCAAACGCCCAUCGACAAUUGGCUACGUCUUCUGCGACGCCUUCGAACUCUGCACGAAUGUUCGCGGCAUCGGCUGCAUCUUCGACUCCUCUCGCCCGCCUCUCGCCCGCACGGCCUUAGCGUUGACGCAUACGGCCAUAACCGGCCUUAUGAUAAUCCGUGGCUUACAAGCCGUCUACGAGGCCGGCGCGCUGAUCUCGAGAAUGCUCUUGGGAUUGGAGGACUGGCAGUGGCCUCGCCUAUUUGACUCACCGUGGCUUGCGACAUCUCUCGCAGGCUUUUGGGCUCGGAGGUGGCAUCAGUGCCUACGAGCGAUCUUCGUCGUCACUGGAGCUCAACCUGCCGCCAAGAUCGGUCGCCUCGUCGGUGGAAAGCAAGGCGAAGCCGUUUUAGGGGUGAUGGGUGCGUUCGGCGUGAGCGCGGUUCUUCACGUGUUCGGAUUGUGGGGUAUGGGUAAAGGAUUCGACUUUUGGCAAAUGGGAGGGUUCUUCCUUAUGCAGGGCGUCGGAGUGCUACUUGAAGCCGUUAGCCCGAUCAAACCAAGUGGUGUGGCAGGUUGGUGGUGGACGAUGGGGUGGACGCUCGGGUGGGGAACGCAGAUGAUUGACGCAUGGGCCAAGGCUGGGUUGUUGGCAAGCGACUAUCUGCCAGGCUGGGCGAGCCCAAGUGUGUGGCUGCUGGAGAGGAUACCCGCAUACUUCUCAGGUUGA